CUUCCAGCAAGCACCUAAAACCUCAUCUUUCCCGCUACCACUACCCUCCUCCAUUCGCAGCAACAGCAGCUACAAGCAGCGCGUCUUUGCCAUUUCUUGUAGCAUUCGUCUCGUUUGCAUAGACGUAAGCACUUUGUUACGGUAAUCGCUGAUUGUGUCGACCUAGGUUGUGUAAACCGCGCGUUAUUCGCCUUUCUGUUCGCGUUUUCGCAGCUAAACAUAAAAAAGCGCGGCAUUCGGUCCUUCUUUUCCGAUCGUUUUUAAUCUGGGCGGUUUUCCAGCGCUGUUUUUCGCUUUAUUUUUUCUACUUUCGGCCCCUUGUGCUGUAUUUGUAUUGUUUGGUUCGUUUUGUCCGUGUGAUUGUAUUUAUUUGUUCCAGCACACGCGUCCUCUCCUUUUUUUGUGACUUUUCCUCGGUUGUUUGUACUUGCCGUACUUGUGUAUCUACGUGCAUUCAGUUCUCUCCAUUAACCACGACGCGUAACUGAAACAUUUGUGAACGUUUUUCCCUUUCCACGUUUUAAGGUUUUUAUUUUUUUUGUCUUGGCUUUUUUUUCUCUCAUAGGAAAAAAAACAACGCGUAUUUUUCGCUUGGUUUCUGUUUGUUCGUAGACCUUUCUUCGCGUCUACAGCCGUUUCUUUCUGUCGUGUUCACGCGUAAACGUUCGCAUUCCCGUGUCCUUGGAACACAAAACCACUUCGUUUUCUUUUAUUAUUCCCGGUCGUUGUUUCCCUUUCUUAUAUCGCACACCGCUAUUUUCGUGCUCUGCUGCUUGUGUCCAGUGUCUGCAAGCACUUGCACGGUUACUUUCAUUACCAUAUCAAUUCUUUUUGAUUGUAUUUAUUGUACGAACUUUGGGCAGUUUCGAUAUCUAUACGAUUGCACAUCAUAUAAAAAAAAAGGCUAAACAACUCGAAGAACGAAAAAGAAAAAGAAAUCCUUUUGGAAACGACUUUUUUGCAUUCAAAGCUUAGAAACGCAUUGUCUUCGAUUUCAUCAUCAUACCAACGACAUAUUUUCAAAGUUACAACAACGCUCUUCCUCUUUUAUUUUUCUUCCCCUUUUUUAUUCAUUUGCUGUUUUUCCGGCUUCUUAUAGACGAUACGUGUGGUGCAUACACACUCUCGCAUAUAUACGCAUUAUUUUUCCGUGCACCAGACUUAUCCCCUUGUACUCAGACUCGUUUCGUUUUCUUCGUUUCUCCUUUCUCUCACUCCGCCUUCCAACGCUCACUUAACCUUUUUUGGUAUCUUGUCUUGUCACAAUGCAAAGCUUUGAACGAUUUGGUGAACCUUUGCUAGAGCAAAGUCGUUUUUCCUCCAUGAACCCUUUGCUCGAUCUCUCUCGUCCCCACUUGGGGGCACAUUCCUCGCUACGGAACGGAUUUCCCCAACUGCUACAAACCCAGCUGCCUAGCACAGCUGUAAAUGCAAACGCGAAUGUAACUUCGCCCAGCUCAGCAAGUACCUUUUCCUCGGAACGUAUGAUGUAUGGCAGCAAUUUGCUGUUUGGAGAUGCCCCGAUGGAGGAUGGGGAGAACAAUUUUGCGCCCUCUUCUAGUAUUGGCGACUCGUGUACUCGCUUGACGCCCCUCGCCUCAAACAUUUCUCCCACCUCUCCAAACAAAACGUCCAGCAAGCUGUUCCCUGUGGAUGUCAAUCAUGCGCCUGCGCUCUUUCGUUCUUCCAACGCUCUUCAAGCACCGUGGCAGCCUACGACGGCUACUUCUCCCACAGCGGCGACCACGGCAUCUUCGGUUGUCGGCAGUGUGGCACCUCCGCGUCCAACCUCCGAACCUGCUUAUCCCUCGCUCCUAAAGGAUUUGCUGCCGGCCGAGGAUUUGGAACAAGACGAAUUGACUUCCUCUUCCUUCUCCACGGCUUCUACUCCGGCCAUAACGUCUCACAGAAACAUGCCUCGGGUCCUGUCCUCGGACGCGUUGAGAAACGCAACCAACUCUUCAACCUCUUGGUUGCCCUUUGGAGGCAAUGGAAAUACAUUCCUCAAAGCUGCUCACCGUUCUGCGAGUUCUAGUGAUCUUCGUCAUGCUGGCAACAUGAAUUUCGAGAUGGGACCCUUGUUCCCUUUUGACGUGCCCCGUAAUGCGUUUUCGCAAGUCUCCAGCAAACCUAAAAUUACCGUCAACACAAUGGGUUCAUCGUUUUCAUCCGCAGCAACGUUUGGUACCGCUGAGGAGAGAGGCAUUUCUCCUUCGACGAAUUCGACGACGACGCCCUUAUACCGUGUUCGUCAUCGCCCUAGUCUCUCGCAGCCACUUCCUUCCAUGGAUUCGCUUCACCUGAGCCUUGGCUCAAUCGCGAGACCCAACGCUAGAAUGGCUGCUACCGCUCCCAACAGUGCUACCAAUUCUGGACCCUGUUCACCAACGUCUGCCACGGCGGCUUCUGUGAACGUGUCGGGUCCCCAGGCCUUGCCUAUGCUCCCUCCUUCCCAGCAACUUUCGCCAAGCUCUGAACGCUCUUCUGCUUCGUCUACUGUUUCCGGAAAGUCGAAUGGUGAUGGUCCUGUUAUUAAAAAUAAUCUGUACAAGACGGAGCCAUGCAAAAACUGGAUGGCUUAUGGGCGGUGUCGUUACGGCAGUAAGUGCCAGUUUGCCCAUGGACCCAUGGAGUUGAAGACGCCUGUUCGUCAUCCCAAGUACAAAAGCAGACCUUGUCGCUCCUACUCUCAGUUUGGCUAUUGCCCCUACGGACAGCGUUGUUGCUUCCUACACGCCACAGACCUGGUAUAAACACGCUGUGCUGCAUUCGUUGCUCUUAUGUUCACUGUUAUCAUGUGUUUUCUAUAAAUUUAUAUCUCGAGAUGAAUUGCAAAAAGAAAAGCCGUUCCUGUGUUUGUGAUCGCUCCUUCUCGACGAACACACUCAAACGUUUACACACAUGCACGCACUCUCUCUUUCUCUUUUAACGUGCAUGUACUUGCAUGAUGUACGCACACACAUGUCUCUCUUCUCCUUCUGUGCUUCGUUCUAUUUUCUUUUUUCUACUUCCUCGAAACUUUUUUUAUUUUUCUUUAUCCUUCUUGCUUUACCCACACCUGUUAGGACGGCUCUAAUAUCUCGUUGCCGGAAUUAAUUAUUUCUCUUUAUUUAUUCGUCCCUAAUUCGUCACUUAAAAAAUCCCCGGGAAAGAAGCUGCCUCUUUCUCGAACUUCUUACUUCUUCCUUGGAUGCUUUUUAACGCUUUCUUGUUUUCUUUUGCUUGGAUAAAGUUACUUCUUCGGGUGCGAGAUUUCGCAUCCCAAACGAUCUUUCAAAGCGUGUGUUUUUGCUGCAAUAUUCUGACACUAACGUUUCUGUCCGCCUUCCUCUGCCCUUAUUUGAUGCAUUGAUAUGAAAUAAAACUUUAAAAAAAAAAGAGAAAAGAACUAUGGAAAAGGAAAUCAGUUACAUUUUCACUAGUGUGCAGAUGGCAGAUGUGUCACUUCAAUCCUCUUACUCUUGUCGUAAUUUCUUACAGUUGUCUUGUGCUUUAUUUUUUUAAUUUAUUGACUGUUGCAAUACUGCAUUGGCUUGUUUUAUUUUGUUCUUUUGUUCACACAUGGUCUUUCUCACAUUCAUCAUUCAUCUUCCGCAAAACUGUCAUCGUUUUUCCGUUUCUGCCCUCCCAGUUAUGAUGAGUCAGCUCGUAUUCGUAAGACGAAGCGAAUAUGUUUUUGGCUCUCUCUAAAGGGCUUCCCCAUUCAUUGUGAACAGCCUAUCACACAUGUGCGUGUGUGUGUCUUGUUCAUGUAAAAAGUUUUACCAUUCAUUCGUAAGUUCCGUUGUUUUUCAUAAGCUGUUGGAUUAUGGAUGAUGCUACGUUUAAGGAACCAUUAACCCUGUAUACACCACUACCUGUGUUUGCAAGUGUUGAAUAUGGUUUCAUGUUUUAUGUUACGAAGCGAAGGGAACCGACUGUCGGUUUUGAACGGUUUUAGUCGGUUCUAUUUUGUUUUAUGUGUUUCAUUUAUGGGAUGAGCGGCUAUGCGCUCUCAUUCCAUAACCAUUGAGUAAUGAUGGGUUUGCAAUUGUAUUGGCUUGUCUUCUCGUGAGCGCUACUGAAAUGGUCAUUGGUGUUACGACAACUAUGUACUAAACAUGUGAUACUUAGGGUCCUUGGCGCUUUGCGACAGCCUCUUAAGACUUUUACUUGGCGUUUUCGUCUUAUUUCUUAAAACACAAUUCGCGCGUUUUUUCUUACUCGGAAUUGUUAAAAAUCCGCUCUCUUCGUUCUUGGUUUUGCCAUCGUUCGAUUGGAUCCAAUCGAAUGGGCCUCGUGUGUUAGUCAGCCAACUAGCUGCGGGUUAAUUAUUAUCAUAUCAUGUUCACUGCUGUUAUCCACUGGAUUGCAACUCGCUAAUUCAUUAUUGGCAGUUUGAUCAAUUGUGCCGUCUCGAAUACCACAUCACAUAGGCACCUCCUUGCUCUCUUUUUCAAUCUUAUAUUAUACUAAAAAAGUCAUAGAAAUUCAAUAUUUGUUGCAUACCCUA